CCUUAUGAAUAGGAUGGCAACCUCUACCACCAAGUUAGAGAAAUGGCAACAUAGAAUCAUGCCCAUGCCUAUGAGAAGGUUAGAUAAAGAGGUCUAUAUGAGUGGUCAAUGGAUUACAACUUGGUCCAUAGAUGAAGAAUUUCAAGUUGCACAUCAAUUUAAUGGUCAACAGUUUAAAGUUGAUAUUGCCAAAAAAACUUGUAGUUGUAAUUUUUGGGAAUUGAUUGGGAUUCCAUGUAGACAUGCUGUUGCUGCACUAGGUUAUAGGAAACAAAACCCUUCAGACUUUGUAGAUCACUAUUAUACAAAGGAAAAAUAUGCACUUUGUUAUGGUUUUGGUGUGAGUACUAUAAAUGGUAUGGACAUGUGGCCUGAACCUGAAAAUGCUGAAGAGCGACCAGAAAUUUUGCCACCUAUUUACAAAACUGGUCCAGGUAGGCCAAAGAAGGUGAGAAUUAGAGAAUUUGAUGAGGAUGGUGUUAGGAAGAGGAAAAGAGGUGUAAAAUAUAGAUGUACCACAUGUAAUAGUUUUAAGCACAAUGCAGCAACAUGUAAAAGCAAGACUCAAGACCCAGAAGCAAUGAACAGAAAGAGAAAACAACCAAGAGGCAAAGAUAAUACAAACAGUGAAUCCAAGCAAGACAAUGCAAACACUGAAAUUGUUGAACCAAUUGCAACCACUGAAGUUGUGAUUGAUGCUAGUCAGAGUCAAGUUGAAGCUGUCAUUGAUGCUAGUCAGAGUUUUUUUGAUGAAAUACCUGAUGAAGUUAUGGCAACAGUUCCUGAAAUCAAUCAUGAUGAUAUUCCAAAGAAGGCCAAAGCUGUGAAGGACAAUGCAGUAAAGGAUAAGCCAGUCAAGGACAAGGCCAAAACUGUCAAGAAAAAAACUACAAUGGUUGAACCUGAGAAAAGAAGACAAAGUGAAAGGCAGAAGGCUAAUUGGGUUAAAAAACCAACUAUAGGUCCUGGGAAAUGAAUCAAAGCUUGAAACCUGUUUUAGAGCUAUGAAGUCUUGGAACAAAAUUUCAAAGUAGUUAUGAUGUUAAUUAGUAAUGACUUAUGUUUUUCAUUAUGUAAUCAGUGAUGCACUUUAUGUGCCAUUUUGGAAUGACUGAUGCACCUCUUUUGAAAUCAUGUAAUGAAUUUUGCACUAUAUAUGCUCUUUUUGGAAUCAUGUAAUGAUAUUAUGCACUAUAUUAUGAAAUUCUUAUGUGCUAUUUUGCACUAAA